UAGAUUAGGCCUUUGAAGUGGUCAUCAAAUUGCAGUUUCAUAACAUUUGGUUUCUGUAUACAAACCUUGACAAAUGAUUUUUCUUUAUUUCAAACUAAUUUCUUUUUUCAGGAUCUCAACAUUCAUAAUACACCAAAGAAAGCCUAAAAUUCUUGCAUGAUUGACAACAGCUCCCUUCAAAUCUCACAAUUCCCUCUAUAUAAAUGGCUAGAAUCUGCACGUAAGUCAUAAGUAAAACCAAACUGAUCAUUAAAGAAAACUACAAGUUGAAGAUGGGAGAUACAAGGACAUUGUUGCUUCUAGUGCUGGUACUUUUCUACGCACUAGUGUCCUCUGUUGGUGCCUAUGAAGAGGAAGAAAGCGAACAAAGGACUCAAGGAGAAAAAUGGUUCUUGUUGCGUCAGUUACAUGAUGUUGUGAGAACUGAUGCUGGAUCGAUGAGAUUGGUGAAGGGUGGAUAUCGAAGGGGUUCAUCUCUACAUAGUCCAAUGCAUAUUGGUUUCAUCUCCAUGGAACCUAAUAGCCUCUUCAUCCCUCAAUACCUUGAUUCGGAUCUUGUCCUCUUUGUUCAGCAUGGGCAAGCAAGAAUUGGCCAUAUCUAUAGGGAUAAAUUAGCAGAAAGGCAUUUGAAGCAUGGAGAUGUGUACACAAUUCCUGCUGGAUCAGCUUUCUACUUGGAGAAUAGAGCAGAAAACGAGAGGCUUCGCAUUAUUUGCAGCAUUGAUAUUACCUCAGAAUCCAUGGGGUGGCAUGCUUUCCAGUCGUUCUUCAUUGGCGGUGGAGUUCAUCCUGCAUCCGUUCUUGCUGGAUUCGAUCAUAACACAUUAUCAACUGCUCUGAACGUCUCAACAGAAGAAUUAAACUCGCUUUUGACCAGGCAAACUUCGGGUCCAAUCGUACAUCUAUCUGGUUCUCAUCACACAAAUAUGUGGUCCAAAUUCUUGGCCCAAGAACCGCACCAGAAACUAGCUCACUUGAAGAGGAUUGUGAAUUUUGGGGGAGAAUCUAGCCCCAAAGAGGAGGAAACAACAUGGUCAUUGAGGAAAUUUUUGUUUAAUUUAUUAAACAGAGAAGAUGUUGUCAAGGGUGUGAAUCAUAAAGCUCCAUCAACAUACAAUCUCUACCACAAGAAGCACAAUUUCAAGAACGACUAUGGAUGGAGCAAGAAUGUAGACGAGUGUGACUACUCUCCUCUAAAACAAUCCGGCAAUAGCGUUUACCUUGUCCAUCUAUCUCCGGGAUCUAUGAUGGCACCUCAUGUUAAUCCAACGGCAAUAGAGUAUGGAGUAGUGUUGAAAGGAACCGGCAGGAUCCAAAUUGUAUAUCCCAAUGGUACUUUAGCCGUGAAUGCAAGAGUACGACAAGGGGACGUGUUUUGGGUGCCAAGGUACUUCCCCUUCUGCCAAAUUGCUUCGACAAAUGGCCCAUUUGAGUUCUUCGGCAUCACAACAUCAGCAAGGAAGAACCAUCCACAGUUCUUGGUGGGUAGGAACUCGUUGAUGCACAGCUUGAGAGGGCCAGAACUUGCGGCUGCAUAUGGAAUUGGUGAGAGAAGGCUUAAGAGGAUUGCCAAUGCUCAACGUGAACAAAUCAUCUUGCCUUCAUCAUCGUCGGAUUCUCCACAUGACAAGGCAUCAGAGCCAGAGAAGAAGAUGGCCAAUUUUAAGAAGAUUAUUGGGAACUUGGGUAGUGACAUGAUCAUGGGUUUUGAGUAGUCUAGUAAGAGUUUUGGCAUGAAUGGUACAUGCCAAUCUAGGAUCUACUUUUUUUUAGUUUCUUUUCUUGCUUGCGGUUGGAUUUUGUUUCCUUGCUUGUCUUGUAGACAUGCCAUUUUGAGUACCGAAUAAAACGUCUUUUCUUUUUUCGCGUUC